AUGAUUGAGGAUCUCGCCGCGUUCCAGUCGGCUCUUAUGCCAUGGCUCGUCGUCGGUGCGAUUAUCGCUUUCAUUCUUGCCUUUGCGAUUGGGGCGAACGAUACUGCCAACUCGUUCGGUACCAGCGUAGGCAGCAAGGUCGUCACGCUUACUCAGGCUUACAUUCUCGCCAGUGUGUUUGAAACUCUUGGAGCAUGCCUGCUGGGACACAAAGUAACGGAUACGAUGCGCAAAGGAGUACUUGACCUUGCAGUCUACAACAACAGCGAACUCGAACUCAUGUAUGGGCAAAUUUCCAUCCUGUCCGGUUGCGGCGCAUGGAUGUUGCUUGCAACAUUUUUUAAAUUGCCGGUUUCAACAACUCAUUCAAUCGUCGGUGCAACUAUCGGUUUCUCUCUUGUGCUCAAAGGUUCUCUAGGUAUCCGUUGGUACAAGAUCUCACGCAUAUUUGCAUCAUGGAUUGUGUCUCCACUUCUUUCCGGUUUUGUUUCUGUAGUAUUUUUUGUUUUCAUCGAUCACUUCAUUUUGAGAAAGAGUCGUCCUCUAGCUAGUGGCCUUAAGAUACUACCUGUGUUAUAUUUUGCUUGUAUGACUUUCAACGUUUUCGCCAUAAUUUAUGAAGGUUCUGAAUUUCUGUAUUUUGACCGCCUUACAUUGGAGCAGUGUGCGGUUGUGUCGAUCAUUUUUGGUCUGGUUUCCGCUGUUGCUGCAAAAUUUAUUGUUGCUCCGUGGUUGAAGCGAAACAUUCUUGCCCGCUCAGAUGUUGAGUCAAACAACUCAAGCGAGUUGAAUGCACUUGCUGGACAAAAAGCGGUUCUUCUGGAAUACGAGAAUGAACGCACGCGAGGAGAUGGAAAGUCGAAUGGUGCGAAUGGUCAUGGUUCUGGGAGAGAUUCUCAGGGUAAAGACCAAUCAGCAAUUGAAGCGAUUGCAGACUGGAGAACGAAACAGUCGUUAGCUAUGAACACAGUUGCUCCGUCGUCAUCUGUUGCUUCGUUCUUUCGUUCUUCAAAACCUGAAGAUCCACAGGCCGCCCAUCUUUUCUCCCUCCUUCAAGUUAUGACGGCAUGUUUUGGAGGAUUUGCGCAUGGAGGCAAUGAUGUCAGUAAUGCUAUUGCACCACUUGUCUCACUUUAUGUCAUCUAUAAAGAAGGAUCUACUGCGCAGACUCUCCCCACUCCAGGGUACAUUCUUCUUUAUGGAGCCGUCGGUAUGUGCAUCGGCCUCUGGAUGCUUGGUCAUCGUGUCAUUUAUACUGUUGGAGAGAACCUAACGAAAAUCACUCCGCCCAGCGGUUUCGCCAUCGAAUUUGGUGCUGCAGUGACUGUGCUUAUAGCGUCCAAACUUGGUCUUCCAAUCUCAUCAACUCAGUGCAAGGUUGGCUCCGUCGUCGCCGUUGGUCUUAUUCAAGCGAAUCAUUCCGUUCGAUGGCUCACAUUCCGCAAUAUUUCUCUCAGCUGGAUUGUUACGCUUCCCGUUGCAGGUCUUCUUUCCGCAGGUGUAAUGUGCUUGUUUCGAGCCUUUGUGCUCUAG